AUGGGCUUGUGUGAUCACAUGAAAAGAUGCAUAGCAAAAGAUGGCAACGACAUUCGACAAACCGAAGAUAACGUUCAAGAAGUCGCUACUAUUCACCUUAAAAAUUCCGCUUCACCUAAGUCAUUGUUUAAUUAUCCUGACGCAUCGGAGGACAAAAAAAUGCAAAGCAAUCAGUCGCAGCCCUCGACCAACAUGGACGGUUCCUUGCACGACAUUCAACAAACACAACACCAGAAGAAAUAUUUGAAGGUGAGAAUAAUUGAGAAAGAUAACGAUUUCGUAGCUGAAACAUUUUCAACUGCGCAACCAGCAACAACAACUGACCAAAAUCAGAAAAGAAUUCAAUGGUCGUCACCCGUGGAAUUCCUCCUCACUUGCAUCGGAUACAGUGUCGGUCUUGGUAAUGUAUGGAGGUUCCCCUACCUUUGUUACACUAACGGUGGAGGAGCCUUCCUCAUUCCGUAUUCAUUGAUGAUUCUAACAAUUGGUAUGCCUCUUCUUUUUAUGGAAUAUAGUUUCGGACAAUACUUUGGUAUAGGGAGUCUGUCCAUAUUCAAGCAAGUAUGUCCGCUAUUUCAAGGGAUUGGCAUCGGUUACAGCAUAUUAAAUGGAUUAGUUGGCAUCUAUUACAACGUAAUCAUUGCAAUGUCAAUUUAUUACAUGUUCAGCUCAUUCUCAUCUACACUACCAUGGUCGCACUGCAACAACACGUGGAACACUGAGUUCUGUGACGACAAAAAAAUACUGAUCUACAAAUAUGCAAUAUUGUUACAGACAGUUCCUGGUUUAAUUCAAACGUUACUAGAUUCAACUGCACAACAAAGAAUGCUGUCGUUGAUGGGUGAGACAUCAGAAAAUGAUAUAUCUAAUCUGGGUCAUGUACGGUGGGCUCUCUGCUUAUGCCUGCUCCUCUCCUGGGUUCUCGUGGCUCUGUUCGUCAGUCAGGGGAUUAAAAGCAGUGGAAAGGUUUCUUAUUUCACGGCCACCUUUCCUUACAUAAUGUUAACGGUGCUGGUUGUUCUUGGAGCAACAUUGGAGGGGGCGGGCCAGGGCUUGUGGUUUUUCAUUUGGCCCAAGUGGUACAAGUUGGCUGAUCCAGAGGUGUGGUUUCGGGCGGCUACUCAGUUAUUUUACUCGUUAAAUCUGGCCUGGGGAGGUAUGAUAACGAUGUCUAGUUACAACGUGCGGGAACACAAUUGCUACAGAGAUGCCAUAGUAAUAAACAUUGUCAGUUUUGCUACGAGUAUGUAUGCAGGAUUAGCUGUGUUCUCAGUCAUUGGACAUAUGGCACACGAAAGCCAUCAAUCAAUCGAAAACGUCGUCAAAUCAGGUCCAGGUCUGGCCUUCAUAGCUUACCCACACGCAUUAAGUUUGAUGCCCAUUCCACAACUAUGGUCUGUUCUCUUUUUCUUCAUGCUCUUCCUUCUUGGCAUCGGCAGUCAGAUGGUCUGUGUUGAGACAAUAAUGACAGGCAUAAUGGAUACGUGGAGAUUUCUCGUGGUGAAAUGGCAGUACAGAAUUGCUGUUAUCACAAUUGUCUGUUUGAUUGGCUUCUUACUUGGCAUACCAUGCACCGCUCAAGGCGGAAUGUAUGUACUGCAACUUAUGGAUCAAUACAGUGCAGGCUUUUGCGUACUGGUCAUUGCCAUUGUCGAAUGUCUGGUCAUUAACUGGAUCUACGGUGACAAAAAAAUGUCCUCUCAUGUGAAGAAUAUGCUUGGAACCAAAUUGAACCCAUUUAUGAGAAUUUGCUGGAAGUUUAUCUCACCUUUUCUUAUACUGGUGAUAUUGAUAUUUAGUUUGACCAAGUACAAAGGAGUAACAUACGCCGAGAAGACCUAUCCAUUAUGGGCUGAACUGGCUGGCUGGCUGAUGACUCUUGCUUCAAAUCUGCCAAUCAUCGUCGUUGCUAUCUUUAUAUUCAUCAAUGCCAAGGGGUCGACACUGAGAGAAAAGUGGACAUCGGCUACUCAAGCUCAGGUAGAUGAAGAUUCCAGCGAGCGCAGACACAAAGAAUCCAUCUACCUGAAUUUGAAACGGGACAUCGGCAGAGAAACGACCAUGUUCUCGUGUGACAUCAACGAUGAUGUCAUGCUAGGUCCGACAGAGGAUGCCACGUCAUGAUUAAUUCGUCUGCCUGCCUGACUCUGUCUCACUAUGUGUCCAUUUGUCUGUCUAAUCGUGUCCUGCUUCAUAUUAUCUAGUCAAUAAUUUUAAGAACAAUCUAUUUUCAUGGCGUUACCAAAUUUUUUUACAACAAUUCGGUGAUGCGCGUGCUCAUGUAUUUCAUUCAUUCAAUCAUUCAUUCUUAUUCGUUUGUUCAUUUAUUUUUUAAAAAUCUUCCGUUCGUGUGCUUAAUGGGCGAUUGUUGCUUUGAGAGGUUGAAUUAGUUUGUGCGAGCCUGCUUGUGUAUGCGUAAUUCGUUUGAAUCAUUCAUUCAUUUGAGCAUCUAAUUGCACCUAUUUGUUAGGUUUAGCUAUACAAUACUCCGACACGAACGAGCCUAUUUGUAGUCGUACCUACUUAUUCGGUCGGUCAAUUUUUUAGAUGGUUUUUUAGAAUUAUAGUUGAUUUGUUACAUGAAUUUAAUGUAAUUCUUUUGUUACUUCUCUUUCAAUUAGUAUGUUUCGUUUACAAAGUGUUAUUCUUGCAUAAAAACAGUCUAAUAUGUUAAAGAUUUAUUAAAUGUGCGUCUUAUUUAGUUUAUAACGGAAUAAAUAGAUAUUUCAAUGAAGAUAAGUUACAAAUUUAUAGAACAAGCUCAAAUGAGGUAAUGAAUUGUUCAAUUGUUGUGCCAUUCAAUUUAUUAGUCGUGGAUGAUGAGGUUGUGAUUACUCAACUGAAUAUCGUACAAUAUUUUUAUUGCUGUUAACAAACUUUGUAGCUGUUAAAACCACUCACACACGCACUUAUAUAUACACAUAUAGUAAAGUAUUAUAUUUAUAUAUAUAUAUAUAGUGUAUAUACGGCUAGACAAAACUAAAGAUUACGAUUACCGCCAAGUAAGGACACUCAAUUACAAUCCUCUAACAUUCCUUCGACUUAAUUAAUAUUUGCAGUAGGUUUCGGAAAAUGUAUCUAAUAAUUGAAUCGUUUAUUAGUUAAUUAAAAUAUCUUACCAUGGCAUAACA